AUGGUUGUUGAUGACACCCCACCAAACUCUUCAAGUGAUAAUCCUCCUCCACCUCCACCUCAAUCAACAAAUCUUCCUCCACCACCUCCUUCACCAUCUCAUCCACCUGCUAGAACUCCUCUACCACCUCCUAACUCUCCUCUCCAAUCUGAUAUUGUCAAAAAGGGGGAGAAUGAUCAAGGGGGUCCUCAGCCAAUGCAAAUACAGGUGAUGAUUGUACCAACUCCAUCUCAGCCUAAGAUGACUGGAAGGGUUGAAGUUGAAGUUGAUCCUCAAAAGCAGAUUGUUGUUGAAAUUCUAGAUGCUAAUGCAACAACAGAUGAUCAACCCAUUCUAAACAUUGGUGAUCAAUUAGAGACCGAUGACUAUGAAGGGUUUCUUGAUCUUGGUUUCACGCCAUAA